ACCGCCUACAACAGACUCAGCAACCCGAAAAACGGCACUACCAGUGCCUACUCAGCGCCCAGAGGAAAAUUCACAUGCUCUAUAACGGUCCUUCCAGGGGCACCUGUCCACACUUCCGGGUCGGCCGCCAGGCACCCAGCAACAAACACUUAAAACUCUUAAAACAAUCCUAA